GACCACCACCAUCACUGGUGAAAUUGCUUUAAGACAAAAGAGAAGAAAGAAGAUAACUCCCAGUGUUUCAUUACACAUGAACUACAGACUUUGUGGUUAAUGAGGCAGUUUGCGCACCACAGUGGCAUUUCGUGGCGGUAAGAGCAAAACAAACUUUUGAAGCAGACCGAGGGGCAGCCGAGGCGAAGCGGGGACUUUAUUCCAAUGAGCUUUUGUGGUUUAUUCUACGGCGUGACGUCAGGAGUGUCAUUGGCCAGAACAAGCAAGUAAACUGACAACUGGCUUUGACCUGGAUCAGCCUCGAUCACCGGAGGAGCCCCCGCUCACCACCACUUAGCUAUUUAUUGAUUGUCCCACUUACAUAAUAGCAGCGACGCGCUUGCAUUGUGUGUGUGUGUGUUUGUGUGUGUGUGCUCGUGUGUGUGCUCGUUUCGGGCGGCCGUCAUCAUGGAGAGGAGCUGCUAGCGUUAACGUUAGAGGAGCUAGCGUUAGCUUCGGGACUCCGGCUUGACAAGCAACAACAGGGUCCGAGCCGUCCGGAGAGCGUACUGGAUAUCACACCCCGACAGCACACCCGCGUUAGCCGGCCAGCUAACAUCUACUUGUUGCCCGAGAACUAAGUUGUUUAUCCAGCACUGAGCAAAAAGAAGAAUUUCAAGGGGUUGCUGUUGACUGCACUGGUGGACGCCACCAGGUGGAGGCGCUGUGGCAAGUCCAGUGGAGCAUGAGUCAUGACCUCGGUGGUACUGGUCGACACUGGUGGGACGGUGGUGGAGUAUGUCACAGCCGUGGAGGACCCGCAGCAGCAGGAUGGAGAGUGCGAGGUGGAGCUGGAGCUGGAAGGAGAGGUUGAGGGGGAAUGUGAAGCCGAGGAAGCCUAUGAGGAGGUGCAGGAUGGAGAGGAGGUGGAGGAGUACCCAGCAGUCAUUGUGGAGGAGGUGCCGGGAGCCAGUCUAGCCGAGGAGCAGGGUUUCUCAGCCCAGGUGCUGGUGUACGACGACGAGGCCUACCUGAUGCAGGAAGUGGGUGACGAGCAGGAGGUGGAGACACAAGGGGAGGCAGUGGAGGCGUCUGUCCAUGGCAGUGCCCACUGCUCUGACAAGACCAUUGAGGCUGCAGAGGCUCUGCUACACAUGGACUCACCCUCUAGUCUCAGAGGGGACCGCAGUCCAGAAGCUUUUGUCCCGCCAUGUGUCUCGACACCAGACUUCCUCCACGCUGCGAUGCGUCCUGACAUGAUGUCAGAGACGGUGGUGGAGGUGUCGACGGAGGACUGCUGUGAGGAGGAAGAUGAGGAAAUGGUCACCCUGCUCGAGGAGCCAGAACCUGAGCCCGACCACGAGCCUGUCAGGAAGAAGAAAGCUGGACGGAAGCCAAAGACACAUCAGUCAGCUAUUUCCAAUGGAUCAGCUGACCUGGGUAUCAAGAAGAAACCAAGAGAAGGAAAAGCGGGUAGCACCACCUACCUGUGGGAGUUCCUGUUGGACCUCCUCCAGGACAAAAACACAUGUCCCAGGUACAUCAAGUGGACCCAGAGGGAGAAGGGCAUCUUCAAACUGGUGGACUCGAAGGCUGUGUCCAAACUGUGGGGCAAACACAAGAACAAGCCAGACAUGAACUAUGAGACCAUGGGACGGGCGCUCAGGUAUUACUACCAGCGCGGCAUCCUGGCCAAAGUAGAGGGCCAGCGGCUUGUCUACCAGUUCAAAGAGAUGCCCAAAAACAUUGUCAUUAUUGAUGACGACAAGGCAGAUGUCUCCACCCACGACGAUCUCAUCGCCUCAGAGACUGCAGCGUCCUACGAGCGUGUGCCACCGCCGUCUGACAUGCUGCUCCAGGUGACUGAGCUGUCGUCUCCCAAGAAGCCCAACAUCCUGCGAGGCGGCAACAGAGCCAACACAGUUCAAACUCCCACUGUGAAGGGCAGCAAGACGGUGACAGGAGUGGGGGCAGCGGCAGCAGCUGGGGUUCCAAGGAUAGUGACUGUUUCUGCAGCACCAGACGGGAGCCAGACACAGCAUUCUCAUGCGGCCAUCAUCCCCAGUGCCUCUGGGCCCAGGACAGUGCGCGUCGCUAUGCAGGUGCCUGUAGUCAUGACAACAUCGCUGGGCCAGAAGAUCUCCACAGUUGCCGUGCAGCAGGCGUCAGGGACAUCAGGGGCACCUGGCCACACCACUCUGCUUGCCAAUGCCUCUCCCAUCGGUGCAGCUGCAGGUGGCACCAGCACGCCGCAGAAGGUUGUGAUCCAGACCAUCCCCACCAUGGUCCCAGCCACAGCAGAGAAUGGAGAUAAGAUCACUGUCCAGCUGGCCAAGAUUAUCACAAUCCCUGCCCAUCAGUUAGCUCAGUGUCAGCUACACACCUCCACAGGUGCCGCAGGCUCCGCAAAGUCCAGUGUUGGGGCCACCCCAGCGGGCAUUAGCCUCCUCGGAGGCCCCUUGACUGUCCGGGCCCUGGCCCCUGUCAACGUUGCCCCGGGCACACAGGUGAUGAGACUUGCUGUGCCGGCACAGGCACAGACACAGCAACAGACUCUGGUGGUGUCACAGCCAGGAAGUGUCAGUAGCGGAACAGGGGUGGUUACGGUAACGACCGCCAAUCAGACGGUGACGACGCAGCCCCGUAUCAUUAGCGGCAUUAUUAAUGGCUCAGAGCUGGUGAUCGGAGGGCUACCAGCAACUAGUGGAGGAGCCAGCGCGAACUUGAAAGCAGCCACCGCCCAGGUCAAAGCUGUCCCGGUGCCGGUGUCUGUGGCAGUCCAGCAGCAAACGGUUCAGGUCCAGAACCAGUCAGAAGCAGUGGACAGCGAGGUGGUAGUCAAAUCAGAGGAGGGCAGUGUCAGUCCUGAUGUAAAGACGGAGGAACCUGAGUGUUGAAAAACACAGCAGUGUGUGUGUAUACACACUUGAGAGCCCAUCAGUACUAAGCCCUAUCUAAGCCUUUUCUAUCAGAAAGGGUAAAUUUGUACAGCCGUGUUUUUCCUCCUGUAAAACCAGCAACAGUCUGUGAGACUUUAAAAACUCCUCAAGGCCCCUGUCGUCACUCCUUCCCUGUUUCCGACAAGAACAUUGUUGAACUUUGGCCGGUCUCCUUCAGAACCACAGAAGAACCUCUUCCAGUACAAACGUCAUGUAUGGAACCCCGACCGUACCGAACCCUUACAACAUAGGAACACACGCAAAGACAUUAGUGGGACUUCUUCAGAAAGAUAAAGGGACCAACCUUGAUCACUACAUUUGUGCCCUCUCAGUGGAUUGCUGUUACAAACUCUGAAAGGGGACAACCUUUAAAAAAAAAAAAAAAAAAAAAAAAAACCCUGACAACACUACAAACAAGGCAAAUAAUUAGAACCAACCAAACAUGAGCUGACACAUGAAAUAAAAAGACAAAAUAGGGGAUGUUAUGAAGCUGUGCUUUUGUAUAGAACAUUUUGUUUAUUUGCCUCUGCAGACGUUGAAACCAGCAAUUUGUUUUUGACUAUCACUGUGCAGAUCUAGUAUGGCCGGUGCUAUGUGUGUCCUACUCAAGAGCGCGAGAUGUGUAGAGAAAGUGGAGCUGGGAGAAGCUUUUACACAGAGAGAUAUCAGAUAGAAAAAGGGACUUGUAUGUACAUAUAUAAAUAUAUCUACUAUACAGUUUACAGAACUAAAGAUAACAGAACAGCCUUAGAUUUUAAUUUUGACUUUUUUCAUGUAAUGUCUGAACAGUAAGAUUUUUUUUUUUUUUUUUUUUUUUUUCGGUUUGUUUUGAUACCUUGUACCAAGCACAGUAUUAUUGAAACUAGGGCAACUCAUGUUUGUAUUAUAGUUUCCCUGUUUCUACCAGGCUUUUAAAUGGUUAUAUGGAUUGAAUCAUGCAGGUCUUUCAACACAGACCUACAACAUGCUCCUGUUUUGCAGAGUGUCUGGAGUUUGCUCUUUGCUCCAGUGUCUCAGAAAAGCUCAAGGCUUAUGAAUGUCAGAUUUAUUUGACAUGGGAAAGGGCCAUUUCUUAAUCCUUUGUUUUUCCAAUUUCUCCACCACCCUAUGUGGGCUGGCUGAAUACGAAUGAAAUGUGAGUCUGAGCCAAUGCAUGCUGCCAUGUCUUUUUUUUUUUUUUGGCCUUCCUUUUUAAUUCAAACACAAUUAUGGAUGCAUGUAAGCUCAUAGACAAAGAGUGGAAAUGAAGCAAGGUGGUCGUUACCUUAUUUGAAUCAAGAGAUGGAGACAAGGGUGUAACUUAGCUACACUGAAUUUGGAUAGCAUUGUGGGUCCCAAGUUACAUUUAUUUUUACUCAAAACAGGGUCACUUUGCUGGUGUAGAUUAUCUAACUGACAUUUUGACCCUACCGCUACAUUUCCUUAACAUUUUUUUUGGUAAUCUAAAAAGAGGGAUGUAAGACAGAAAGAUGUUUGUGUUCAGACUGAACUGUUUGUAUAUUCAACAUUUGAAGUAUAUUCUAUUUUGUUGUACUCUUGUUUCAAAGUGUAUUAAAGUAGAUUUUACUGAGAUAUA